AUGUUUCUACUAUACUAAGCGAUGCAUGCAGUGCGAAACUGAGAGGAUAAUUCAACUUCAACAUUUCAAGUUCAAACCUGAUUUUGUAACUAGAAGGAAUACUAGAGUUACCAUGGCAACUGAAGAACAGGCCACUUCUCAGCCCCUCUUCAAGAAUAUUUCUGGUGACCUGGAUGACCUCGAGGCCACGGAGAUCGAGAGCUUGUGUGUGAACUGUGAGGAAAAUGGGACGACGAAGCUUCUCCUGACCAGGAUUCCGUUCUUCAAGUCUGUCGUCAUCAGUUCCUUUGACUGCCCCCACUGUCACUACACCAACAACGAGAUCCAGCCGGCCAGUGCCUUGCAACCACAAGGAUGUAUCCACGAGGUCGAGAUUAGGACGGAAAAGGAUAUGGACAGGCAAGUUAUUAGGACGAACUCUGCAUCUGUGCGUAUUCCAGAACUGGAUUUUGAAAUCCCCGGUUUCACUCAAAAAGGAUCUCUGUCGACGGUGGAAGGGGUAUUACAGAGGGCCGUGGAGGGACUUGAACAAGAGCAACCCUUACGAAAGGCACUGCAACCGGAUGUAGCAGUCCAGAUCGGUGCGUUCAUCGAGAAGUUGAAAAACAUCUCCAGGCCAUUCCAUCUUGUGGUGAACGAUCCUUCUGGGAACAGCUUCAUCGAGAAUCCCUUGGCACCGAAAGCGGAUCCUGCCAUGAAGAUCAGCCAUUACGAACGCACCAAGGAACAAUGUCAGGCGCUUGGAUACGCAGAUUCUGACCCUGCCGCUAACGGAGAUGCUCCACCUGCUGCUGUUACUAAUGACGAUGUCGAUGACGACGUUGCCCCACCAGAAGAAGUCUACGAGUUUGCCGUCAACUGUAGCAAUUGUGAUGCUCCUGCCAAGUGUCGGAUGAAGCCAAUCAACAUUCCGUUCUUCAAAGAGGUCAUCAUCAUGGCUAUGGCGUGUGACGCCUGUGGCACCAAGACGAACGAGAUCAAGUCAGGUGGUGGCAUAGAGGACAAAGGUCGCCAGAUAACGCUCAAAAUGACCGACAUCAGCGACCUCAGCAGAGAUGUGCUCAGGUCGGGGACGUGCUCCCUUGAAAUUCCAGAACUUGACUUUGGGCACGAACCAAUAUCAUCCCAGGGUGGCAAAUUUACAACUGUAGAGGGCCUUCUUGCGGAUGUCAAAGGCGCUCUUCAUAGGGACAAUCCUCUUGUUUUCGGAGACAGCGCAGCGGCACCAGGGCAGAACUCGAUGAAGUCUUUUAUAGAUAGACUGGAUACGGUCAUUGCUGGAGACUUGUUUGUUACUAUCAUACUCAGGGACCCAACAGGCAACAGCUAUUUACAGAACGUGUAUGCUCCCGAGACUGACCCCGAGAUGACUAUUGAAGAUUUUGAUAGGACAGAGGAAGAGAACGACAACCUUGGUGUGACAGACAUGAAGACAGAAAACUAUGUAGGGCAGGAGGGAGAUGGUGCACAAAAUGCCCCAGCAUCAUAGUCUUAACUAUACUUAUAAGUAUAGUUAGCCUCUUGGACACGAGGACAGAACACUAUGGGGAACAGGAGGGAGAUGGUGCACAGCGUGAUACCCCAGCAUCGCCAUAGUCUAAUUUAUAUCCAUGAGAAUAAUUAGCUUGAGAAACAUGAAAACAAUAAAAACUACAGGGAACAGGGGAAGAUGGUGCACAAAACGAUAACCUAGCGUCGUAGUCCUAUAUAUCAAGGGGUCAGUGACACAAAGAAGUAGCUCCAUUUUGGCAAUUUUGAGAAAAAUUGGUUUGAAGAUAGAGGUCCACUUGGGCCUUAAGGAGUUUAGUCUAUGUUUCACUAGCCAUUUACCUCAAUGGGGUGUUGGGUGGAGUUCAGCCUUUGUAUUUCCUGGAAAGCUCAUGUUUUUCUGAACAUUUUGCUAUCAAAUACUCAUUUUAGCAAAAUGUGGAGUUACGUCUUUGUGUCACUGAACCCUUGAUAUAUCCUGGAAAAUGGUUAACCCAACAGACUUGGAGACAAGAAAAAGUAUGGGAAACUGGAGGAGGAUGGAGCAUAAAAUGAUGCCACAUCAUCUUCAUAGAGCAUAAUGUUGUCGAGUAAAAAUAUAAGGCCUGGGGGUGGGGGGGGGGGGUGUUUCAUGAUGCUGUUCCUAAAGUAACGUAUGACUUUGCGAAUGACUUGAUAUGAAGUGCCAGAUGGGAUGCCCAAAGUUUCUCCUGAUGUUUUAACAAAGCAUGAAAAAUGUAUGUUAUAAUAAGAAUGUGUAACUUUAAGAACAGCUUUAGGAAACAACCCCCCCCCCCGUUCACCGCGUAUGACACAUUUAAAUCGUCCCUAAAAAUACGCCACCGUUUUCUUUUACAAUCAAAUGAAUGGCGACUGCUAACAACUAAGGUCAUGUACCGGUAGGUCUAUGUUUUAAGAUAAGCAAAUAUUAAUCGACUACGAGGGUAAUGGUGCUAACUAUCAUCGCCGAGGUAAUCUCGGGGCUACUAUCUUCCCAAGUCCAUGGCGAGGGAUGAUGGUAGCCCCGAGAUCAUUGAGGCGAUGGUAGUUUGUAUCCAUUGCCCGAGUAAAGGAGGUUAAUAUUUGUUUUAUAUCCCACAUCGUAGUACAACAAGUCCCACAAGUAGAUAGUACUUAUCUAUACCUUUUUUGUGCUCUGUACAAUCGCAAUGCAAACAACUAUACAUGAGGGAUAUAAUAGGAAAUAUGAAGUGUAUUACACUUUACCUGAUCAUAAAACAAAAUGUGCUGCAGUUUACCAUUGCGUAACCGAACAAAAUGUUUGUCUACUCGUGCUUGCGGGGCUUCAAGAAAAGACUACAAACCAUUAAGAAAGUGGGGGGGGGGGUGGGGGAUGAUGCUCAAUUGUAUAAUGAGAUAAUAAUGAGCUUUAAAAAGAUUACAGAUUGUGGAAAAAAAGGUGUAUGUUUGCCUCAUUUUCAGAGACUUAAAACUGGUAUAAUGAUGAUAAAGGAGAUGGUGCACAAAGUGCUCCAUCUGUGCAAUUUUCAACAUGUUUAUUUUAAAAAUGUAAGUGGUUGUAUUGUACAUAAAUCAUUAGAUGAUUAUGAAAUUGUAUAAUUGGGCUUCAAGCAGAUGAUCAUGAAUAGUUUGUGUGUUACAGAAGAAUUUGCAUGUUUCGAUUCUUUUCUUUUCCGAGUUUGACAAAAGACAGUGCCAUAAAUGGCCAUUAUUACUUACAAUCUCCAUUUUGAAAAUAGAAAAAGGUAUUACUAUUAUUUACAUUUUGUUUGUCUUCUCUCUUUUUGUCAUGGCCGUAACAUUUAAGAUAAUAGUAAUGAUUUUGUGUUAUUGUGUCAAAAUGUAUUGUUUAAAUUUCAUGAUCUGCUUAGAAUCUAUUUAUUGCCAUUUCAUUGGCCUUCUGCAAAGCAAAAGCUCAUUGCAUAGUAAUGUUUAAAUAAAAGACAAUUUUCUUAUGAACAAAACAAAACAAAAUCCUCAUUUUGUUAAUUCAUAUUUCAAAUCACUUUGUUCUCGAUUCGGAUAUUUGCGACCCUGUACUUUUACAAAGCACAUUUAAGACAAUAUAGAAUUUUGGUAAGGCCCCCACAUUUUCAGGCUACCAAAAUUUAUCGUAUGGCUAUACAAAAUCAUUUCAUUAUGUUAAAAGCAAUUAAAAAAAUUUCUGGUCUGAAGAUGGUACAUCAUGUAUAAAGAAUCAUGGCAUAACAAAAUGCAUGUGUGAGCAUUGUUUUGAACAAAAACCUCUAUUGAAUAUCAGGGUCAAGCGCUAGUCUGAAUGCUGUAUCGUACAAAAAUCGGGGCGCUGCUUAUCGACUCAUGAUUUGCCAGUUGUCUUAAAAAACGUCCUCUUCAAAA